AAUAAUUUUUAAGUUGUAAGAAUAUUAAUUUUAAUUUGUAAAUAAUUUUAUAAAAAGAAUAAUGUAAGCACUUAAUUAAUUAUUUUUUAAUGUUAUUAUAUGUGUAUAUAGAAUGUUUAUCAUUUUACUUAUUAUUUAUUAAGUAUUUCUGAUGAGUAAUAAAAGGAAGUCAUAUCCAAGAACUAGUGACGAGAAUGGGGGGCAUGUACAGCCAUUGAUAAUUAAAGUAGUCAGAAAUGAAGCUGAAGUGAACUCACUCAGGAGCCUGUGCUCUUACAACAUUAUAAGCUGUGAAUUCUGUGAUGAAGUAUUCUAUAACAAAUACUAUUAUUUAAUCCACAAUGCAAGUCACAUAAUAAUACCAUUAAUUAAACUAAUUGUCUACCAAUGCGCCGAGUGCCUCCACCACUUCACGUCAGAACGUAAACUAAAACAACACAUCACAAAGAAACACACAAGUCAACAAUGUGAUAAUAUUAAUAUAAGUAGCAAAUUGAAACUUAACAAAUCAUUAAAACAAGAAUUGAUAAGUUCACAAAACAAGUUGCAUGAUGAAAGUAACUUGGAACUGAAAAAGAAUGAAUUGUUAAUACCACAAAACAAAUUGCAAGGUGAAAGUAAAUUGAAACAUAAAGGUAUUAAAUUGAAAAUUCCACAAAACAAGUUACAAGCUGAAACUAAAUUGAACAUUAAAAAUAAUGAAUUGUUAAUACCACAAGACAAACUGCAAGGUGAAAGUAAAUUGAAACAUAAAAAGAAUGAAUUGUUAAUUCCACAAAACAAGUUCCAAGAUGAUACUAAAUUGAAACAUAAAAAGAAUGACUUGAUAAUUCCACAAAACAAAUUACAAGAUGAAAUUGAAGUAUUUGAUGAAAAUGAUACAGAUAUUUUUAUUAGUGAUAUAAAUAGCAAUGGCAUUAGAAAUCGUAUAUUAUUUGAAGAGGAAUUAAAUGCAGUUGUGACUGAUGAAGAUAAUCGUUUAUGUGACAGUCAUGAAAAUAAUAGUGUACACUAUGAUGAAUUGAUGAAAAGUAAGAGUUGUGUGUGUCGAGUAUGUGGAGUGAAAUCUAUUAAUCGGUACUGGGCGAUAAGACAUGAGAAGAAUCACAUCACAAUAAAACAAAAGGAGCUAUACUUUUGCCCGAAAUGCGAUUACUACAUUUCCGACCUUAAACACGAUCUCACAAAGCACAUAAAAGAAAAGCAUGGAAUAAUAAAGAAGCAAUACAAGGAGUCGCAAUGCAGGAAAUGCGGACUCAACUAUGUGUAUCAUUACAAACACAAUAAGAACUAUCAUUGGGCGUACUUUUGCAAGGUCUGCGGCGCAGGAUUCGAAUAUGAUUAUAAAUUGGAGGAGCAUGUUGUGGAAUGCGAACGAAUGUACUCGAAACAGGAGAAAGAAGGUCGCAAAAUGGAGGAGACUAUGAAGUUAUGCGAGAUUUGUUACUCGUUCUUGAAGAACAAACAGGAUUUCCAUUACGUGCACGUGGGUGAUCAUUGCGAGAUUGGUGAGAGGUUACCGUGUAAGAAAUGCUCGAAAAUAUGCUUUGAAUUGAAAAUUGUGAAGCGGAUACGGCUGGCGGAGAGGUGUCAGAAGAUUUCGAGGCGCUCAGCCGGCUUCACUAAUAGGGAUAGACUCAAAAACAUUCAGCAUCGAUUAAAAAUGAUGAGGAAAUAUUGUAUAAAGAAACUGGGUAUUGUAUCUAACAUAUUGGACAAUCAAACUGCCACAAUGAAUUCUGAGACACUACACCCGGAACAGUCUGCGAAACAUCCUGAUUGUACCACAGUAUAUAUCAAAAUAGAGCCUCUUGAACCUGAGCCAGAUGUUACAGAUGAUACACAAGCAAAUAACAUACUUAAUGCUAAUGAUAUUAAGGUUGAACCUAUCCCAAUCAAGGAAGAAGAAAUAGAGUGUAAACCGGAAAUAAAUACAAAUCAAGAGCAUUACAUAAAACAAGAAGGCACUGAAUAUGAUGAAGAUACACAUGUAGUUGUAAAAACAGAGUACAUAGAUACAACAGAAGAAUCUCCGGAUGGCAAUAAUAGCAUUUCUGGUAAGGAAAACGAUAAUUUUCCACAACAAAAUGAAAGUCAUGUAUUAAAGAAUAAUUGUAUGGAAUUUGGACAUACUGGAAUCAUACCAGUAGCAGAUCAUUUCUUACAUUUAAAUAAGAACACUAUAAAUGUUACUCAAAACAAAUCUAAGCAAUUACGUAUAAAUAGACCUGAAAAGCCGCACAGUUGUGAAGUCUGUCAGAAAUGUUUUAAAAGGAAAGCGCAUUUGAAGGAGCAUAUGUACACACAUACAGGCGAAAAGCCCUUCAGCUGUGAGAUUUGUAAGCGAUGCUUCUCAACAAAGAGUAAUUUAAGAGAACACACAUCAAAUCACAGUAAUGCAGGCGAAAAACCGUAUACUUGUGAGGUGUGUAAGAAAUGUUUCUCUACGAAAGGCAAUUUGAAGGAGCACAGUCUUAUACAUACGGGGGAGAAACCAUAUAGCUGCACUGUAUGCAAGAAAUGCUUUAGAGUGAAAACUAAUUUGACGGAACACAUGCUCAUACAUACUGGUGAGAAGCCGUACGAUUGUCAUAUAUGCAAGAAGUGUUUUAAGACGAAGAGGUACUUGAAGCAACAUGUACUGAUUCAUUCAGGUGGGAAGCCGUACAACUGUGAUCUGUGCAAGAAAUUCUUUAAAACGAAGAAGUGUCUGCGACAACACUUAGACAGUAUACACACUGAGAAACCACAUAGUUGUGACGUGUGCAGUACAGGUUUUAGAACGAAGCAGGAGCUGAAGAAGCAUAUAUUCAUUCAUGCAGUUGAGAAAUCCGUUGUGUUGUGCGUAAAAAAUGUGAUAGAGCAAGGACUUGUUUGAAAUAAUUAUAAAUGUAUAGUUGAAUAUGUCGUCGAUUAAAUAGAAAAAUUACAUUUUUCACCACGAUUAAAUAGAAAAUUACAUUUAACACCACAAUUAAAUAGAAAAAUUACAUUUUUCAUCACGAUUAAAUAGAAAAUUACAUUUAACAUCACAAUUAAAUAGAAAAAUUACAUUUUUCACCAUAAUUAAAUAGAAAAUUACAUUUAACACCACAAUUAAAUAGAAAAAUUACAUUUUUCACCACAAUUAAAUAGAAAAAUUACAUUUUUCACCACAAUUAAAU